AUGAAGAUCCCCUCGAGCUCCUCCAUUCUCAUCGCCACUCUCGCUGUCUCGUCGUCGGCCGGCAGCCUCGGCGCCCUCGCCGCACCCACCGGCGAAAACCAGCACGGCGGGAUGACGCCCAGCUCGUCCUUCCACACCGCCCAUACGCGGCAUAUGUCUUUGAACUCCGCACGCGCGGUGCCGCCAGAUGAGCUAGAGCAGAGAACCGAGUUGAUGGCCCGCGGACCCCUUCUCGCCGGCCUUCUUGGUCCUCUGGGCCUCGCCGCUCCGGUGUGUGGGAUCCUGCGCAAGCUACCCCUCACACCGCUCGCGGAUGCGCUAUGUGGCAAGGAGGGCACCGCCGGCGCCGCGAGCGUGGAGGACUACGACGAUGGGAGCUACGAUGCGGAGAGCGACGAUCGCCUAGACGAGCUGCGCGCUGCUGUUGCAUCUGUGUCGGAAAUGAUGUCAGCUGCUGGGGUACCGUCCAUGCCCUCUCAGCUACCGUCUCCUCCGGUACAACCGCCAGGCCCUUCUCAGCUCCCGCCUGCUCCCGUCAACCCGUCGAACCUCCCUCCGGCGCCCUUGAACCCGUCCAACCUGCCUGUUACUCCGCCGGCACCGCCAGUCAGUCCGUCGAACCUUCCUGUCCAACCGCCUGUCAAUCCUUCGGAUGCUCCUGUCCAGCCGCCCGUGCCUAUACCAGUCGCUGCAGCCUCGGAAGGCUCAGCCUCUGACCAGCCUCCUAGCAAGCGAGCGCGCGCGGCUGACGAGCACCUGGAUGCACCUGGGAAGGCCGAUGACGAGGGAAACUCCCGUGCGCCGCCGAACACUCCGGUCCCCUCGCACAGUGUACCCAUGCACCACCAAGUGGAGUCCGCUGCGCCUUCGAAGCCCGCUAAGGCUCCCGUAGGGUCUGCGACUGCUGAGCAUGGCGAAGGUGCCCACAACAAGUCGACCGACGGCUCGCCCGCACGGCCGGAGGAGACUGCCGCACCUGACGCUCAGUGA